AUGAGGGCUGAUACCCCCAGGGCCAAGCGCCCCAGGCUGGAAGUGGUGAAGAGGCUAAACUUCGACUCAGAGAUAGAGGAACCACCGUUUCCUGAGUCUCCUCCUGGGGCCAUCACUCCCCCGCUGAGUCCUGACGUUCCCCCAGAGCUCUGGGGUGUUGGGCCUCCGGACUCCGGCGCUGAGCUGGGCCCCGCACACGCCCUGCCGGCUCCCCACAACCCUGUCUUGAGGCGGCCUCCCACCUUGGAGGACUACAUCAAUGUGACAUCCACCGGCGGCGACCGGGCCUUUCUGGUGUUACGAGCAGACCCCAUGGGCACCGGGGUACAGAGCCCCCUCUCGAAUGUCCAGUGGCGAGGCCGUGGCCAGCUGGACCUGCUGGGUGUGUCCUUCACCUCCCUGAAGGAGCAAGCUGACAGUGAGCGGCGGCAGCGGCUGCUUGAAGAGACCCAGCGUCUCUCAGACUUUCUGCACAGGUCUGAAGAGGAAGAGGCCCAACCUGUGGGUGCUCCUGAGGAAGAGCUUGCUGACACCCCCCAACACUGCCUCUGGGUAGAUGAAUUUGCACCCCAACACUACACGGAGCUGCUCAGUGAUGACUUCACCAACCGCUGCCUCCUCAAAUGGCUGAAACUCUGGGACCUGGUGGUGUUUGGGCAGGAGAGGCCUGCCCGGAAGCCCAGGCCCAGCGUGGAGCCAGCACGGACAGGGAAGGAAGCCACAGCCCCUGGCAAGUGGAAAAGCCAUGAGCAGGUGCUGGAGGAAAUGCUGGAGGCGGAGCUAGACCCCAGCCGGAGGCCCCGGCAGAAGGUGGCACUGCUGUGUGGGCCCCCGGGGCUGGGCAAGACCACGCUGGCACACGUGGUUGCCCGACACGCUGGGUACUGUGUGGUGGAGAUGAACGCGAGUGAUGACCGUAGCCCCGAGGCCUUCCGGACACGCAUUGAGGCGGCCACACAGAUGGAGUCUGUGCUGGGUGCAGGGGGCCGGCCCAACUGCCUGAUCAUUGAUGAGAUUGACGGGGCUCCUACGGCGGCCGUCAACGUUCUCCUGAGCAUCGUGAACCGUGGAGGUCCGCAGGAAGCGGAGCCAGGGACCCAGGCGGUGCCUGCGGGUGGAGGACGGCGCCAGGCGGGUGGAGGCCUUCUGACCAGGCCCAUUAUCUGCAUUUGCAAUGACCAGUUUGCUCCCUCCCUGCGGCAGCUGAAGCAGCAGGCCUUCCUGCUCCACGUCCCCCCGACUCUGCCCUCCAGGCUGGUGCAGCGGCUUCAGGAGAUCUCCCUGCGGCAGGGCAUGCGGUCAGACCCAGGCGCGCUGGCAGCUCUCUGCGAGAAGACAGACAACGACAUCCGCGCCUGCAUUAACACCUUGCAGUUCCUGUACGGGCGUGGCCGCCGGGAACUGAGUGUGCGGGAUGUGCAGACCACCCGCGUCGGUCUCAAGGACCAGCGCAAGGGGCUCUUCUCAGUGUGGCAGGACGUGUUCCAGCUGCCCCGGGCUCAGAGGCGACUCGUGGGCCAGGGCCAGCUUGUGCCAGCCCUGGCGCGUCCGCACGGUGAGGAGGACACGGGCCCCCUGUCGCUGGCCUCCCAGCGUUUCCACCACAUCCUGCGCGUCGCCGCCGCUGUGGGCGAGCAUGAGAAGGUGGUCCAGGGCUUGUUUGACAACUUCCUGAGGCUCCGGUUGCGGGACUCCAGCCUGGGCACGGUGUGCUCGGGCCUUGACUGGCUGGCCUUCAACGACCUGGUGGAGGGGGCUGCCUACCAGGGCCAGAACUUCCAGCUUCUGUGCUACUUGCCCUUCCUCCCCGCGGCCUUCCACGUGCUCUUUGCCUGCAGCCACGUGCCACGCAUCUCCUUCCCCAGCAGUCAGCAGGAGGCCCAGAGCCGCAUGAACCACACGAGGAACCUGAUCCAGACGCUGGUGUCAGGCAUCACGCCGGCCACCCGCAGCCGGGCCACGCCGCAGGCCCUCGUCCUGGACACCCUCUGCCUGCUUCUGGACGUCCUCGCGCCCAAGCUGCGGCCGGUGAGCACGCAGCUGUACAGCGCCCGGGAGAAGCAACAGCUGUCCAGCCUGGUGGGCACCAUGCUAGCCUACAGCCUCACCUACCGCCAGGCGCGCACCCCGGAUGGGCAGUACCUCUACAAGCUGGAGCCGAACAUGGAGGAAGUUUGCCGCUUCCCUCAGAUGCCCGCCCGCAAGCCCCUUUCCUACCAGGUCAAGCAGCUCAUUGCCCGGGAGAUUGAGGUGGAGAAGAUGCGACGGGCAGAGGCUUUGGCCUGGGCCGGAGACAGCCCCCAGGUGGCCGGGGUCCCCCCAGAUCCUGCCAGCCCGCAGGGGAGCAGUGUGGAGAAAGGGGAGAAGCGGCCUGCCCUGCGCAAUCACGAGCAGCGGCUGGAGCACAUCGUGAAGGGGGUGGCGCUGGAGGCGCAGCCCGAGAGGGACUUCUUUGGACGAGUGGUGGUCAGGAGAGCUGCAACCCCAAGCACAGAGGCCAAGGCUGCAGAGGACGCUGCCGAGCGUAUGGGCACAGCCCUGGGCAGGAGCGAGGUGUGGUUCCGCUUCAACGAGGGCGUCUCCAACGCCGUGCGGCGCAGCCCGUACAUCAGGGACCUGCUGUAGGCCCGCCCCAGGGCUGGCGGCCCUGCCCCCAGUGCACGCAGACACAGACACAGGGAGAAGUCUUUAUAAACCCGCAGCCGCGCUGCUCAAACCGCGCUCACAGGAUGG